AUGUCGCAGCCACGUAGGGAGAGACCUCGCGAACUAGGCCCAUACCCGCGUUCACGCGUCGAUGUCUCACAACGACAGGUCCUGCACAAUCAGCGCCUUCGUUUAUUUGAAGAAGUGAAUCCGUGGAGAUUUGCAACGACUUCCACCGUGGAUGCGGAAGACGCGGAUCGCACGAGUGACCGUACUGUUCGAGGCGAAUCUAGCCCAACACCGUCAGCCUCUAGCACUGGGGAAGAGGUACAACCUGGCCCCGCAAUGCUUGAGGCCAAUCAGGUUGCACAGAUUUGGCAUCUCCGAUCGUCGACCUCGAUAGGCGGCGGCCAAACAGAUAAUGCCGUGAUUUUCGUUCCGGCUUCAAUGCCACUAUUAGUUUCCUAUGAUAGCGCAGAGGAGUCCGACCAGGACGCUAUCGACGAUACACACAUGGAAGGCCAGAGCAAUACCACGAGCGUCGACCCCUCCAUACCUGUCCACUUGGCCUCAACCUCGUCUGGUGACACAGCAAUGGACGACCAGACGGACAAUUAUUCGUACGUAAAUCACCAGUACCUAGACGAAGAAGACGAAGGAGAAAACAUUCUUCCACAUUCCACGCCUCUAGUUUUUUAUGAAAGCCUCGAUGAAUCCGAACACGACACCGUCGACGGUCUAAUCGCGGAAGGGCAGAGCAGCAUCUCUGACGUCAGCCACUUUGAGGACGACACAGCUAUGGUGGACUCAAUCGCCACUGAAAGCAUCAAUCGAGGCCCGCUUUCCUUCCGAGUAGCGGAGACGAAGACGACGAUGGAGAAGCUGGAAACGGGGAACAAGAUACCAACGCAAGCGAAAAUCGAUCUGGCAGGCCUGCAGGCCCUCAAUCUCUCCCGACGAACGAUCAAGUGCAUGCCAAUCCUUUCUAAUCGUAAAACGAAGGCCGCCUCCUAUGCCGAUGUGCUUUCGCUUACCAAUUGCGUCCAAGAGCUUAGCCAUGGCAUCAACACCACCAACGAGCUUCUGCGCGGCAGCAACAUAGACCGAUUCCGACAUUCAAACGCCCCAGGGGCCGGGGAGGAAGGGGACGAUGGUCAUGAUGGGGACGACGAAGGCCUCAUGCGUCCCAGACGCACCACUAACGUUAGGCUGCGUGGAUUGCCACGACGCCGUGGUGCUCGCAAGAACAACUUUGCACGUGAAGUCCGUCUCCAUACCAACGUGACUGGUGGCUACCACUUUUAUGAUAAAACUAAGGCAAUUGCCUGUAGAGCUGUGUAUUCAAUGCCUCUAUCAUAUCUAAUGGAAUAUUGGAUGCUUUCAUUGUCAGGUGUAUUCAUUGCCUCUUUCAUAUUUAAUGGAAUAUUGGAUGCUUUCAUUGAAUAUUGGAUGCUUUCAUUGUCAGGUGUAUUCAUUGCCUCUUUCAUAAUUAAUGCUACCACAAAGUGUCCGCUUUUUGAGACUACAAAAUGUCCGCUUUUUGAGACUACAAAAUGUCCGCUUUUUGAGACUACAAAAUGUCCGCUUUUUUCAUUACAAAAUGUGGUCAUUGGGGAUAUGAUUGAAGGAUUGGGAUGA